AUGUCGACCAACCGUUCACCGCGCGUCAACAAGACGCUUAUGGCCAAGUACUCAGGGCAGACAGUCAGGCUCAUCGCCAAAUUAAUCUCGCUCAAAGAUGAUACCGCUAUUGUGGAGACCUCAGAUGGAGGACAAGUUGAAGUGAAGCUGCUUAGGAACUUCAGCCAUGGAAGCACGUAUCUAGAGGUGAUUGGCCAAGUCCAGGAUGAGCGAACAAUCAAAAUGGUUGGCUGUGUUAGCUUGGGGGAUGAUGUUGACAUGAAGCUCGUGGACCAGAUUGUGCAAAUAUGGCACGAUUCGAGGUUUGCUAAGGUGUUCUGA